GGCGGUUUUUUUGGCGUGUUCAAAUCGGGUCUGUUCGUUUGUUAACGUUGUAUGUUUAUUCCAUAUUAUUUAAAUAUUCCUCACUACUGUUUUAGGGCGAUUAAAUGAACUAAGAUAUAAGCUUUCGAUGUAAGUAGCUCCUUUGGCUGAACACUACAAGAACGUCUUUUCUCAAUCACAGUAAACUUAUAUGCAUUCUGCUCAAUGCGGUUUUGAAUCAUACUUAACUAUGGCCGCAAACCACUAGUUUUCUUCGAAUCGCUCAAAUAGAUUUUCUAUCUUCAUAAGCUCAUUUCCGUCAAUAUAAAAUGCUCCUACCUAUCAUUAGUGAGUUCACGUUCAGAGUGUUUCUCUAACUUGUGGGCUCUGAAGAAAAUCCUUAAACCCUGUAUUUCUUGUAUUCUUGCAAUCUAAUAACAGUUUAAAGCAGCUUUCUACACUCCGUCUUAGACGCUGUCUACUAGUUUGUACUAGCUACUUACCCAAACUAAAUUUAGUGAAUUUAUGUUGAGACCUGUUGCUUACAGGUCAAAACUUGAUUGCUUUAGAUGCUAAGUCGCUAUUCUGCAUCCAAAUCUAUUAUUGUCUUGAAAAAGUGAGAAUAACUGACUCGUAUUACAUAACACUAUUGCACUUGUGGACUUAGCACUGAAGGAAAUCAUUAACAUUAUUAAAGCACCAAGAUGAAGUCUACUUUAAAGUACUCAAACUACUGACAGAUUUCGGCCAUUCGUUCCCCAUAAUACAUUCGAAAAGUGCUCAAAAGGCAAAUCAAAUACAUGCAAUCUGCACGUCUUUUCAUUUACUGCUUCACCAAUGUAAAUGGAUAAAUAUUUAAAUGGCUCGCAGUGUAAUCGCUUUUUGACAAGAUAGUAAAUAUGUUGUGUCCCUCAUGUAUAGGUUGUCAAUGGGCAAACAGGGUUUUUAUCUAUAUGGAGUUCUGGUCACUCACCGAUCUACAGCAGCUCAUAUGACAUCAAAAAUCAAUACCCUCGGCUACUCUACCUAGCAUCAAACUAAGCAUUGAUGGACCGAAUUCAAAACAUUUUGUACUCAGAAUAGGUCAAGCAUAUGUCAGAAAUUCUUUUGUUGCCACCUAGAGUCCUUAGAAAGCUGCGUUUUAUCCUCACCUUCAACAAUUAUGAUAAUACCGUCUUUGAUUUCCAAUCCAACUAGGUAUUUUUCACACAUGACGCCAACCACUGGAAAGCCAAAUAGGAAGUGCUUGACCCUCAAGAGCAUAUCUAAAGUGAAACCCAAAUAUAAGCAUUAAACGAUAUGUUUAAAAUCAGGUACCCUAUGAUUUAGGUCUAUUCCAAAACUCGGGGAGUGGUCCCCUAAAAAUGUACCUGCUUCGGUUUGAGCGCCCGGGCAGUAUUCCAGCCAAACUGAACCAUUUAUGUGGCGCAUAUAUAUUUGGUGCCUCCUUUUACCGAUGUUUUUGCUUAAAUAAAUAAAUAGAAAGUUAUUGCCCCGGUUAGUUAACUUAGAUACUGUUAUAUUAUUUUAUUAAACUUGACAUCAAUUUGGGGUGGUGAUAAAUUUGACAGGAAGAUUGGAGAAUACGCUUUCUUUGUGACAUUUAACUUUGCUGAUUUGAAUAUCGGCUGACGAACUAACUUAAUGGUCAUGAGCUAUAAUUUAUCAUAGCGCACAACAUCCUGUAUGAUGAACCACUGCUUCCUUUGUUAUCUCAUGAUUUAGCGUUUUGAAAAUGACUCAGCACUUAUUACUGACUUAGCACAACAACCACUAUAAAAUUGUUUCGAUAAUUCGAAAAUCGUAUUGGGUCGAUUUUCAUUCUUGAUAUCAAAUCCACCAGGAUAUACCUGGAGUUAUAACAUUUUUAUCCGACAUACAUUUACAACCCGAAUGUGAGUAUUCACUUAACCUACUUUAGCGGCUCUGUUUCUAGUAUUUGUUAUCUUCGAAUGAUUUCUGACAUCUAGCGACGAUAUGUGGUUCAAUUAGUGUCACCAUCUUGAAAUAUCGACUUCGGUAACAUGGUUAUGUUUCACAGGUAUCAUCCGAGAGAUUUUUAUAACCUCCAUUAUUUGCUGAUGUUGGAACUAGGUAGGAAAACCAACAGAGAUCAUUUUAUAACAGCUGUGGUAUGAAAAAUAAUCGUAAAGGACUGGCACCUGUUGACUUAUCACAGUUCUCCAAUCGGGUUAUUAAAUACUGUUCAACUCGGUUACUGGAAACGUUGUCAGAUAUGACUCAAUAAAAGUUAAUACCAAUUGUCCUGCGGUAGUAGUAGUAGUAGUAGUAGUAGAACUUCCUUGAUAGUGGUCAUGUAGGAACAUUUCGAAAUGGAGGCAACGUAAAUUAGGUAACUAUGGUUGUCACUUUCAGGCUAUUAGUGUAUCUUGACGACAAACCUACGGAAUUCAAGAGGUCUGUAACAAACCUAAAGCGAUACAGAACAUCGAAACAUGGCACUCUGAUUCUAGAAGUAGCCCCUAAAUGCCCUGGUACGGCCGAGAGUGGGGAGAGUCCGCUCUCCCUCUCGAAAUGCUCUCACAUGGCCACGCGUAUAUAGCCCCUGCCAGGGAAGUCAUACUCACUGCCUUCUCGUGGCGGGAGUGUUGUUUACGAAAUUGAGGACGAAAAGCGAAUGUCCGGCGCUUUAACCGGAUCCCAAACCAAAUGGCGCAUGAACCAAUCGUUGGUCACCGGCUACCAUGGGACUGCAUCUCCUCACGAUGCUCCACUGCCUUGUGGGUCAGACGUUCAGGUCAAAGGCUCGGGGUGUGGCCCCCUAAGACAACCACCUGCUUCGGUUUGGGCACCCGGGCAGUAUCACAGUCCUCACACAAGUCAAUUGAGAUUUGUGUGGCGCAUAUGUAUUUGGUACCUCCAUGUACCAAUACCUAUGUGUUAAAAUAAAUGAAUAAAUAAGAUUCUAGAAGUCCUUAAAGACAGUAAUGGAAAACUAAACGGAGAUUAUCAAAGGAGUAGGUUAUGUAAUGGCUAGAGGCAAGCAAACCAAGGUGUAACAUCGGUACAUCAAACUGUGAACUUUCUGGUUUGGUAAGUUCAAGGCUGAAUCCAACUACUCAGAUUUACUGAUUAUUUACUUUCCUCUAAGUUUUCAGCUUAGCGUUCUUUCAAACUUUAAACUCUUAUGUUACUUUUGAAAUAUAUUUUUAUGUUAAUCUUCCUAGAAUCGAUAUCGUUAUCCCUCUUCUUCUGUUUCUCCUCGUUUUUUGGAUUGUCCUUCAUCGCUACUCUGACAUGUAGGAACUUGGUUGAAUACAUGUUUCUGCCAGAUUCUAUGUUGUCUCUGGCUGACUAACUUGUCGUUUAACAUGGGAUUCCUUAAUUGUUUGUUUCUUAUUUUACUACACGUCCAAAUGUCUAUUUCAAUCAAUUUCUUAUGAUAUUUGCUAGUUUUGUCUCGCGAUGUUCAAAUUGUGCUUACAUAUCUGAUAAUUACUAUCAGUUGUCUUGUUAAAAAUGCAGUUACACUGGGGUUACUUUUUGAAAUUAUCAGAGCAUAUAGUCUUCAAUUCACUUAUUAUUACCGCGUCACUUGGGCUAGUGUGCGCUUAUCGUUGUCUGUACUAAAAGAUGCGACCCAAUAAUCACAUAUAUUUGUGCUCUCGACCGUAGCUGGUGUAUAUUAUAAUAUUGAAUAUUACGUGACUAUCCUAGCUGAGGUAUAUCCAAUCCCCAAUCUGAUAGCAAAAAGAAAAUCGCCUAGUCCAUUGAUCUACAAUUUCGAAUCUAUACAUAUAAACAAACCAUUAUACCAAUUCAUUUUCUCUCUAUUUCGCCCAUAGGUACCAUAUCGAAAUGUCUAUGAAUCAAAGUCAUUCCGCAAACGGCAAUGGUGUUGUUCUAUUUUAUGGAGAAAGGAUGUUAAUUUAUUACGAUGGAUGUCAUGUAGAACUCGAGGGUCAGUUUCUCAAGUUUUCACAUAUGGGACGUUUGUACCUGACUUCACAUAGAGUGAUUUUUAUCAACAAAAAAGCAUCAUCAGGCGUACUAUCAUUCAGUAUGCCAUUUGUUAAUAUGAAAGAGGUCGAUAUUAAACAACCUGUGUUUGGUGCGAAUCGCGUAGAAGGCAUAAUUACGGCUGAACCGAAUGGUGGCUGGCAGGGUGAAGCGAAAUUCUCACUAACGUUCAAAAAAGGCGGUGCAAUUGAAUUUGGCACAACAUUAAUCGAACUAGGCAGACGUGCAUGUUCUGCAAAACAACAAUUCAAACCACCAAAUGCAUAUUCAUCUGUAGCAGAUAUGAAUGGUGCAGGCCAGUAUUAUGCUUGUCCACCACCAGCUUAUUCCGCGCCUUACAAUGAUCCAUACUAUGGGUUUGUACGACCACAUGAAGCAUUCACUGUACCUCAAGCAGAAACACUCUACCAAGUAAGAGCACCACCUCCAUAUCCUGGUGCAACACCUACUACAAUGGCUAAUGAUUUUGGACCUACUGGUACUAGUCAGUACACAACACCUUAUCCUACUAACUCAACAACUGUAGGAGGGAAUGCACCAUAUCCAGUUACCAACUCAGAAUAUGGACAUAAAUCGAACGAAGCUUCUGCUUCUAAUGGUCCUGCCAAUGUUGUAAGUGGGGGUUACUACUUUCCAGAAGAUCCUUUUAGUGUAUAUGUACAACCUAGUGCUCCAAAUUAUCUAGGCAAUCCCCCAUCUUAUCCGGGUAAUACUCAAGAUAAUCAUAAUCAAUCACCUCCAUAUCCAACUGAAAACUACGGUCAACAACAAAACGAUUCUAAGAAAAAUCAGUAA